AACGCAUAUGCUUUUUAAUCGUGGGCGCUGUCAUCGAUAGAUUCAAGAUGGCUAUGAUGCAUUGCGGAAAAGAAAAUUUGAAACGUUUAAACAAUAAUUUUUAACAUUAUAUAAUAUUAAAUUAAUUGCACAAAAUUUAAUUAAUUAGAGUGAAAUAUAUAACAUUAAAUUUUCUCACUAAUGCUGAGAAUAUCAUACUAAUAAACGAAAAUUAAAAUGGCAUUUUUUAAAGAGAGCUGAUUUCAGGAAGAACCUCCGAUGUCAGCGGGGAGGAUGAUUUUCUUAGUUUUGUGGCGAUUUCGCCAGUAACCAAGGUGAAUUGAAUAGUUUGCAAUUUGAAUUUCAAAUAUGACUUCUCCUUUAAAUCGAAAACGAAGCUCUUCUGUUAGUUUUACAAGAGCUAAGAAUGGUAGUGAAGAUACUGCAGAUGAAAUUCAUAUAUCUUUAGCUCCAUAUAUACAAACAUACUUGGCACAUAGUGGACAAGGACUUGGAUGUUGUGGAAUUAGCCUUCCAGUACCAUUUGAACGUGCAGCACCAAGAUCUUGGUGGAAUCCCAGAUUUGAUUCAGAAAUAUUAGAAGAACAAUUUAAAAGAAGUGCCUUUCCACAAAUUAGAUUAAGAUUCCGGUAUGCUCUAAAAUAUAUCUUACUGGUUUCUUUAUCAUGGUUGGUAUAUUUUGUUGUAAUUGGAACAGAAUACAAUACUACAACAUGGCCAGCCAUAGUAACAGUUUUUAUUAUUGUUGGAACAAUGGUAACAGCAGUUUUGUAUCUAACAUAUACAGAUUAUUAUAAAAGUUAUGUGUUACCAAUUUCAUUAGGAGUUGCAUCUAUGCUUUGCAUUUUAUCUUUACUUUUUCUUACAUUAGUACCACCUUAUAUAGAUGGCUUAACUCUAGUCGGACAUUUUGCACUAUGUUCUGAGAUUCUAUUAUUGAUAUAUACUGUCUUACCAAUGCCACUAUAUGCUUGUGUGGGAAUAUCAAUGAUUUAUUCUUUUCUUUUUGAAUUUUUGACUGCUUAUUUAUAUGGUACAAAAAAUGCAAGAGAAAAAUUUUUUAGUGAAAAUUUUCUACUAAAUACUUCAACAGAGAGUAAUGCCACAAUAAAUUAUAGCAGAAUAUCAGCAGCUAUGUACUCUUCUUUGAAAAAUUUUACUAAUAGUCAAUUUUCUAAUGUGAUGCAUGAUAACAACGAAUCUACAACUGCAAAUGUGAAAAUGAUAUCAUAUUCACAAGAUCCAAAAAUGUUAUCUGCUUUUGGAAUGAAAUCGAAUCAAGAAAAUAUAAUUGAAAAGAUAUCUAGCGUUUUGAAUGAUACAAAUGUUUUUAAAAAUUUAAAUUCUACUAUGAUGUCAACUACUAUUAAUUCCACUAUAAAUGCUUCAUCUAAUAAUUUAAUCUCCAAAGGUAUAAACAAUAUAACUUCAAUAUUUAAAGAAAAUAUAUUAACUCAUAAAAAUGAUGACAUGUCAAACUAUUUCUUAAGUAGCAACAUAUCUAAUCAAUCAUUUUCGGAUGAUUAUUUUUCUACGAGUCUUGGAAUAAGAAUCUUAAUGCAGAUCUGCAUUCAUCUGAUAGGUAUACAUAUUUUAAUAAUGACUUUUGUAAGAAUGCGUGGUACAUUUAUGAAAGUUGGACAAUCGUUAUUAGUUCGGCGUCAACUUGAAAUGGAAAAACAACUUAAAGAGAAAAUGAUUCAUUCAGUAAUGCCGCCUAAAGUCGCAGAUUGGUUAAUGGAAGAAAGAGAAUGUGAAAGAGAACGAGAGGAUUCUUUAAAAAAAGGUUCGAUACCGUCCAAUAAUACAGAUAUUCGCUCAUUGUUUCGACCAUUUAAUAUGCAUUCAAUGGAAAAUGUUAGUAUCUUAUUUGCUGAUAUUGUUGGAUUUACACGAAUGAGUUCAAAUAAGACUGCAGAAGAAUUAGUAGGCAUUUUAAAUGAUCUUUUUGAAAGAUUUGAUGAUUUAUGUGAACAUCAUGGAUGCGAAAAAAUUUCAACAUUAGGAGAUUGUUAUUAUUGUGUAAGUGGAUGUCCAUAUACUUUAAUAGCUAUGAUAGAAGCUAUAAAACAAUUUGAUAUUGAAAGAAGAGAAGGUGUUAAUAUGAGAGUUGGAGUACAUACUGGAACUGUAUUAUGUGGAAUUGUAGGUACUAAAAGAUUUAAAUUCGAUGUUUGGUCUAAUGAUGUAACUUUAGCAAAUAAACUAGAAAGCACAGGAAAACCAGGAAGAGUUCAUCUAAGUGAAAAGACUCUGAAUUUUCUCAAUGAUCGAUAUCUUACAGAAGAAGGAGAUUUAAUAAAUGGUAUUAAAACUUAUUUUAUUAAAGGUCGAAAAUCAGAUUUUACCAAUCAAUUUAUAAUGAAUAUAACAUCUCCGACAAGUAUAUCGCCUUUGAUGCAAUCGCGUCACCGUGUGGCCUCUUGUAAUAAUCAAUCUAAAUUGAAAUAUCAUUACCUCCAUAUGGUUACUAAUACAAGUAAUUAUAGAAUGAAAGCAAACUCUUUGCCAAGUAUUCUAGAUUCCGAAAACGGAGAUACUGAUAUCACAGAUGAAAAAGAAAAUGCAAAUAAAAGUCCGAUAUCUGUUGCCAGUUAUGGAAAGAAAAAGAUACGAAAUAAACCAUGGAAAUAUUUACAACGACAACGAACUACUGAAGAAAUGACACCUCUAGAAAUGGAAGAAGCCAAAGCAAUUAUUGCCGAACAAUCAAAAACUGAAUCUCAAUCAUAUGAAGAUCGUAAUGGAUUUAGGCAGAAUACAUCUCAAAGUGAGAUUGAAAUGGAUCCAAAUCCUGUACCUUCUAGUCCUUUAUUAUCUGGUCAAGAGUCACUUAGUCGUGCCUCUUCUAUGUGCAGUAGAAAAGAUUCGGGAAUUAGAAGUAAUAGCAGACGUAGUAGUAUACAGCAACAGUUAUUUUUGAUGAACGGCAUGGCUCAAGGAGAUUUAUUGGCACAUAGAGUAAGUGGAUAUUAUACUUCUAGUUCGACAUUAAAUUCUGCUCAUGAGCCAUCGUCUUCGGUACCAUAUCCAUUUCCUCCAGCAGUUACAGAUACUUUUGGUGCAUGUUUUCAUAAAUUAAGAAAACAAUCUGAUCUACAAUUAAUUAGGUGCGUUCAAGAUAAUGUAAGUUCUCAACGAUCAUACUUCGUGAAACCACCACUUUCGAGUUUGACUCUCUUUUUCAAAAAUAAAGAAAUGGAAAAAGAAUACAGAGAAAAUGCUCACAAGGUUAAUGAAUGUAUCAGUGGAAAUCCACCUACUCUGGCUACCUCGAGAUUCAAUACAUAUUUUGAUAUUUUAAUAUCGGCAUUGAUUUACACUGCCGUCACAAUUUCACUCUUUUUACUUUGCGAUCCAACGUUAUAUUAUAUGAUCUUUUUUGUAUGUGCUACUACCAUUCAAAUUAUAGCAGUGUUACUUUGUGUUCGUCAACUCUUAUAUCCAAAUAUGGUUCAUUCAAUAUUAACACAACAAAUAUUUAAAUUUUUUUCACAAUGGUAUCCUUGGCAUAUUUGCGGUGCAAUUUUAGUCGGCUUACCAAUUACGUCUAUUUUUCUUAAUUAUACGUGUAGUAAUUUUCAUAAUUUGAAUAAUUUUGAAUACUAUUAUGGUUAUUUGAUUUUUAUUAGUUUAGUUCAUUUUUGUAAUUUUACACAACUUAAUUGUUGGAUGAAGAAUUUUUUAGUAACAUUUAUGGGUGUAUUAUUUCUUUAUUUUGUAAUGAAUCAUUUGUCAUAUGAUCAAGAAAAUCUCGGUAAUCUAUUCAUUAAUAAGACAUUAAAUUAUUCACAAUUCCCAAUAGAUAAAAAUAUUAUUGAUUUAAUCAAAAAUCAAUCUAAUGAAACCAUUAUAAAGAAAAUAUUCAAUAAUAUUCCUGAUUUCUUAUUAAAUUCUACAACGAUUGCUCUUAUAAGUCAACAAAAGACAGAAAUCAGAUAUCAUGAAAGAUUAUACAAUUCCGAGAUUUUUUUAGAUAUGAUACUUUUACUUUUGUUAGUUUGGUUUUUAAAUCGUGAAUUUGAAAUUAGUUAUCGAUUAAGUUUUCACGGAAAUGCAGUAGCUGCUCGAGAUAAAAGUCGUGUACAAUCUAUGAAAAAUCAAGCUGAUUGGCUUUUACAUAACAUUAUACCAAAAUAUGUUGCUGAUCAAUUAAAAACCACUGCUAAAUAUUCACAAAAUCAUAAAGAUGUGGGAAUUAUUUUUGCAAGCAUAGUAAACUUUAACGAACUUUAUGAUGAGUCUUAUUUAGGUGGUAAAGAAUAUUUGCGUGUGCUUAAUGAACUCAUUGGUGAUUUUGACGAAUUAUUAGAAAAACCGGAAUUUUCAAAUGUAGAAAAGAUAAAAACUAUUGGUAGCACAUUCAUGGCAGCAAGUGGUUUAAAUCCACAAGUUAGACAACAAAAUGAACAUGAAUAUAAACAUCUGUUUCAAUUAAUAGAUUUUGCUAUGACAUUGCAUAAAGUAAUAAAUGAUUUCAAUCGAGAUUUAUUAGGUUUUAAAUUAAUUUUGAGAAUUGGUUUUAAUUAUGGCGAUGUAACUGCUGGUGUAAUCGGGGCAACGAAGCUAUAUUAUGAUAUCUGGGGUGAUGCUGUAAAUAUAGCAUCUAGAAUGGAUUCGACUGGAGUCGCUGGAAGAAUACAAGUGGCCAAGAACGUUUUAGAUGUUCUUUCGGAACGAUAUGAAUUCGAACCACGUGGUCAAGUUUAUGUUAAGGGAAAAGAUAAUAUGGAUGUAUUUUUAUUAAUAGGGAAAAAAGACGAUAUUAAUAUAACAACGAACACUUAAACAUUUUCAGGUCUCUAAUAGUGAUGUUGAUUCUUUAUAAAAUUAAAAUUAAUCGUUUGCAUGUUACACUUAUAUCAAGCAUAUGAUCUUUUUGGGAUCAGAUUUCUAGCGAUCUCGUUAAGAAUUAUACAAAUUUAUGAUAUAAUGUGUCAUCAACGUUAUACAUGAUAAAAACGUACCUUAAUUCUUUAAUUGCUCGCUCAUUAAAGAUAUUUAUUCUUAACAAAACAAUUAACUGUAUUUUUUUACGUAAUUUAAGAACAUCAGAUGUGUGUGAGACCUAUCAAAAUCUAUCGUUAUAAAAGUACAAAAUCAAAUCAAUUUGAAAAAAUCAAAUUUUUUCUUAAUAAUUCUUGCGAAAAAUCUAUCGAGACAAAUAUAAUACGCAUCUUCAUUGUUUGUGUGCUGAAUGAACGAACGUAUGAACGAUGCGAAUGAGCGGAUAA